GCCGCGCUGCCCACCAUGAAGCCGAUAUUCUACCGCUGCCAAAACACCACCUCAGUGGAGAAGGGUCACUCGGCGACGAUGGGCUGGGCGCUCUUCAGCGCGGGCCUCUUGGGCAACCUGCUGGCCCUGGGGCUGCUGGCGCGCUCGGGGCUGGGGUCCUGCCCGCUGCGCUCUCCGCGCCAGCCGCCUUCGGUCUUCUAUGUCCUUGUGUGUGGUCUGACCAUCACCGACUUGCUGGGCAAGUUCCUCUUGAGCCCCUUCGUGCUGGCAGCCUAUGCGCAGAACCGGAGCCUGUGGAGGCUCGUGUCCACGCCGGGCAGCUCUCUGUGCUACGCCUUCGCCUUUAUUAUGUCUUUCUUCGGCCUCGCCUCGACGCUGCAGCUCCUGGCCAUGGCCCUGGAGUGCUGGCUAUCCCUGGGGCACCCCUUCUUCUACCGACAGCACAUCACCGUCCGCCGGGGCGCGCUGGUGGCUCCCGUCGUGAGCGCCUUCUCCUUGGCUUUCUGCGCGCUGCCCUUCGCAGGCUUUGGGAAGUUCGUGCAGUACUGCCCCGGCACUUGGUGCUUCAUCCAGAUGGCCCACGAGGAGCGCUCGCUGUCGGUGCUGGGCUACUCAGUGCUGUACACCAGCCUCCUGGCGCUGCUGGUCCUCGCCAUUGUGCUGUGCAAUCUGAGCGCCAUGCGCAACCUCUACGCGAUGCACCGGCGGCUGCGGCAGCGCCAGCGCACGGUCACCAGCGACCGCGUAGAACCCAGCGCCGGCGAACGCGAGGCGUCCCCACCGCCCCUGGAGGAGCUAGAUCACCUCUUGCUGCUGGCCCUCAUGACAGUGCUCUUCAGCAUGUGCUCCCUGCCUUUAGUUUACCGUGCUUACUAUGGUGCAUUUGAAGCUGUCCCCAAGGAAAAUGGAACCUCUGGAGAAGCCGAAGACCUCCGUGCCUUGCGUUUCCUAUCUGUGAUCUCAAUUGUGGACCCUUGGAUCUUCAUCAUUUUCAGGACGUCAGCAUUUCGGAUGUUUUUUCACAAGAUUUUCAUAAGGCCUCUUAAGUAUAGAAAUUGGCAUAGCAAUUCCUGCCGAACUAACAUGGAAUCCAGUCUGUGA